CAGCAGAGCCAACUACGGUAGCAACGCCUUCGCAUGUGGCCUCUGCUUCUGUGCCCGCCACAAGCCACAGGAUGCCUAUAAAAAUGGGCUUUGCGUCCUGGGAAAAACGCACCACCUUCUUCCUUCUUCUUCUUCUUGAUUAAGCUUCAAGGAUGAAGAAUCUUUCUGUUCUCUGUGUUAUCUUCCUUGGACUGGUGUCUUCCAUCGCAGCCACUCAGGAGGAUGACAGUCUGUGGGCGAAGAACUGCCAUGGUGGUUUACAGGAGGACUACUAUCAGAAGUCGUGCCCAAAAGCGGAGGCCAUCAUAGCUCAUUUGCUCGCGGGUUUCAUCAAGCAAGACGCGAGUUUGCCGGCCAAAUUGCUGAGGCUGCACUUCCACGACUGCUUCGUGAGGGGAUGCGAUGCAUCUGUUCUUCUGAACUCGACCAAGAACAAUCAAGCUGAGAAAGAUGCGAUGCCAAAUGGUACCCUCGAAGGAUUCGAGAUCAUCGACAAGCUCAAGGCAGCGCUGGAGAAAGCGUGCCCUGGAGUCGUCUCUUGUGCAGAUAUUGUUGCUUAUGCUGCAAGGGACAGCACCUUCCAGGCUGGAUUAGGUUACCGGUACAAAGUGAAGGGAGGAAGAAAAGAUGGAAGCAUCUCAAAGGCUAGUGAGGCCGUUCAGAACCUGCCACCUUCAACCUUCAACGUCACCUCCCUCAUCAACAGCUUUGCUUCCAAGGGUCUCUCUGCAGACGACAUGGUAACUCUUUCAGGUGCCCACACGAUUGGGGCCGCGCACUGCCCCUCUCUCGCUGGAAGGCAGUUCAGCAACUACCCGCCGAAAUCACCCCUUCACCUUGACGACGCAUAUGCUGCCAAGCUGAGGAAGAUGUGCCCCAAGUCAGGGAAGACGGUGUCCCAGCUCCCCAUGGACGCCUACACGCCCCUCAUCCUGGACAACAAGUACUACGUGGGCCUUCUCCAUCGCAAGGGCCUCUUCCCUUCCGACGCCACGCUGCUCACCAAGUCCGACACCCAGAAGCUUGUCGCAGCCUACGCCGGCGACCGCCAUUACUGGGCAACUAAGUUUGGUGCCGCCAUGAUCAAGAUGGGGGAGGUGCAGGUGAAGACCGGGAAGCAGGGAGAAGUCAGGAGGCUGUGUUCUCGUGUAAAUUAACUGAACAGCUUUUUGAAGGAGCUUCUGUAACCUCUGUUAGAUCAUAUGGUGCCCCCUUGAAAUUAAUGAUCGGGCAUCAAAAUUAUGUAACUGCUCUUGUGUUCUUCUUACAGUUUCGCGCGCUUUCGUCGAGGUAAGAGAUAAAAUAAGUUGUAGUGAGUUUGUGCCAAAUGCAAUAAACAUUCUGUUAUGAAUCUUA